GUUGGUACACGUCAUUGGUUAAGGUCCGGUCCGGUGUGUGUGGCAUGUGUUUAACCAGUUUAGACGUGGCUUGAAAGAUUUUUGAAGAUUGCGAAUGCAAUCAAUCGCCUUUUAUAUAAUACAAUUUUGUUUUAUUAUACUGAUUCUAAAACAAUUUAUUAGUGCUUAAUAGUCGUAUCGUUUCCACGGAAUUUACUGGAGACAGAAACCAAAAAUUUUACUUUGCACGUUAAAUAACAUAAUUUUAUGUUUGCUGUGUAAAGAUUGUUUUGAUUACUACCUGUGUACAUCAAUCAAAAUCUUUUUAUAAAAAUAAAAUGGAGGCAUUGUAUCAUCAAACUAACAAAUUGAUACAAGAAACGCAACAUAUUUUCUCGCAACUUGAAAGAAAAUCGUCUAAUGAAGAUUUGCAGGAAGUGCAAAAGGCUAUCGAGAACAAAAUAAAUCUCAUCAACAGCAAUUGCGAGAGACUCGAUGUGCUAUGUCUCAAGGGUCCGGUGUCACAAAGGCAAAACAAUAAGAUGCGAGUAGACCAGCUGAAGUAUGACAGCCGUCAUCUUAGCGCUGCCCUGAACUCGUGGUGCAACCGUGUAAUACGGCAACAGAGAGAGGAAGCAGAGAGAAAUGCUCUUUUGGCCAGGAGGUUUACCACCAAUGAUCAUGUGGACAUUUUUAUCGAUCACACUAUACAGCACAAUGACAACUUACAAAACGCCGAUCGUGGUAUGGAUGAUCUGAUACAUCAGGGCAACAACAUCCUGGACAACUUGAGGUCUCAGAGAAUAACAUUGAAAGGUGCCCACAAACGUCUGAGAGACAUUGGCAAUACUCUAGGUCUUUCCAAUACCACUAUGAGGCUUAUUGAGCAACGAACCAGGCAAGAUGGAUUUAUUUUAGUCCUUGGUAUGACUCUCACUUGCAUAAUCAUUCUCUUAGUGAUAGUUUAUCUCACUUAGAAACAUUCCAAAUUGUUAAAUGUAAUAUAUCUGUGAUUGAUUGUAAUCAUUUGCUCGAAAUAUAUACUUGUUAUUUUUUUCUCACCUAUGAUUAUAAUAUGCUUAUGAAAAAAAAUGUAGAUUGCAAGAUAUUUAGAGUUAUUUAUUAUAAGACUAUUGUAAGUAUGUAAAUAUGAAUGCCAAGAUAAAUGCAAUUUGCAAAAUAUUUUAUAUUAUGCUAAGAUACAACACAUGUAUAUUUUAUUGUAAAAUUGUUGCUAAUACAUUUAUUGUAAACUUA